AUGCAAUUCUCAACCAUCGCCCUCACUGCCACUGCUUUCUUCUCAGCAUCCCUUGCAUCGAACCUUCAAAUGAGAGCAGGCGACUGCUCAACCAGCAACGUCAAGUGCUGUAACCAAGUCAAGGAUGCCUCAUCCAUCGACACCGCUACCCUCGAGUUGCUCGGUAUCGACGAAUUGGCUGGCCAAGUUGGAUUGCAAUGUGACCAAGUCGCGGCCGUCGUUGGUGUACCAAUCUCUAACCAAUGUAAGACCACCUCUGCUUGCUGCAGCGGUCAAACCCAAAAUGGACUUGCCAACUUGGCAGGGAUGCCUUUCAUAAAUGGCGUUAAAUUGGCGUGCGCGACUUGUAUAAAGGGCCACAGAUCCUCCUCGUGCGCCCAUGACGAUCGCCCGCUUUUUGAAGUGAAGAGAAAGGGCAGACCGCCGGCGCAGUGUACCAAAUGCAAGGAUCAGCGCAAGGAUGGCAAUAGCAGCUCCAAAUGCGUUUGCCAGGACCGGCAAGAACCUGCGCCUAAGAGCAAUUGUAACGGUAAUGGCAAGGAUGGCCCACCACCGCGCAAACUAAAAAAAGGCGAGAGAGCUCCCUUGCCCCCUCAAGCACACUACCCUAAUGGCUUGAAAGACGCUUACUCCAGCCUUCUCCCCCCACAAGCACAGAAAGAGGGCGAGCCAAGCAUGAUUUCACUCGAGCGCCUGAUGAAUCCCUGCAGAUGCAAAGUAGGCGGCCGCUGCAACUGCUCCGAAAAGAAGCGCGCAUUCGUAACUAAUAUGCUGCCGUCUAUCGCCGACGUCAUUGGGCAUUGCUCGUGUGGGCCUUCGUGUGCAUGUCCCGGCUGUCUCACUCACAGAAACCCUCCUCUGCCUGCACAGACCGAAACCCAAGCAGAAGCACCAAACUAUACUCCGGAAGAGAGCGCUACGUGUGGGUGUGACGAGAUCAACGUGCACGAGCUGCUCAAGAAGUCAGAGUGCGGCAAUUUGGAGGAGUUUCUACAGAAGGCUAGCUCUUUAGUUCCUUUUCCGCCGCAAGGUAUUAGCAGCAAUAUCGAUAGCUAUGUAGAUGGCGGAACACUUGGGCUGCAGAGCUGGCAGCAGCUCUACGAUCCACGCAACAGGGGCAUAACGAGACUACCUCCCUUAGAGACUGAAUGCUGUGGCGGGAGCUGCCAGUGCCAGGCUUUGGGCGUGGAAUGCAGGUGUGAGGAGAGCUGCUGCGGUUGCUGCACGUCGUGCAAUUGCGAAGCAGAGGCGAAUGGUAAUCCGAGCUCGAGUGCAAGUGCAAGUGCAAGUACGAAUACACUCACGCUACCAACUCAAUCAAAUAGUCUCAAAUUGGACAUACCAAAGGUUGACGCUCCUCCCAGCUGCUGCUCUAAGCCGGCGAAAAGCGAGAACAACGGGCAGCUGUCGCCCACGUCUCUGACAGCCGCUAUAUCACAGCCCGGUGGUCUCAAGAUUCCCCAGCAGCUAGUGUCGCCGAACGUGGCUGCUAAUCACUGGUUCCCCAAGUACAUACCACACGACGAGAGUGAUCCCACGCGUACUUUUAUAGAUUUUAUCUAG